AUGCCUCUCUUUAUUCUCGCCGAGACCAGCGCUGGCUACGGUCUCUUCAAGGCCAAGGACAAGAAGCUCCUAGAUGGAGAUGUCGAGUCCAGGCUAGACACCGCCGAGAUGAUCAACAAUGAGUUGAAGUUGAAGGAGUUCGUCAAGUGGGAGAGCGCCAGCGCCGCGGUGGGGGAGAUCGGCGCCCUGCUUGAGGGCAAGGUGCCGCCCAUGCUGGCGGGCCUGAUGGACGCCAUCAAGGAUGAGAAGAAGGUCUCGCUUGCCGUGGCCGACAAGAACAUUGGUGUUGCGCUGCAAAGGCUGCCUGGCUUCGCCAACAUCACCACCCUCGCCUCCGGCUCCGCCACCACGGACCUGUACCGCGGUAUCCGAACGCACCUGUCCGAGCUCAUCCCCGGCAUCCUCCCCGAGAACUUCAAGACCAUGUCGCUUGGUCUGUCGCACUCGCUCUCCCGCCACAAGCUCAGGUUCUCGGCCGACAAGGUAGAUGUUAUGAUCAUUCAGGCUAUCAGCCUGUUGGACGACCUCGACAAAGAGCUGAACACGUACGCCAUGCGCGUCAAGGAGUGGUACGGCUGGCACUUCCCUGAGCUUGGAAAGAUCCUCAACGACAACAUGGCCUACGCCAAGGUCAUCCAGAAGAUGGGACUGCGCUCCAAUGCCCCCAAGGCCGAUCUGUCCGAGGUCCUGCCCGAGGAGAUCGAGAACGCAGUCAAGGCCGCCGCCGACCUCAGCAUGGGCACCGAGAUUAGCGAGGAGGACCUGGAGAACAUCACGCUGCUGGCGGACCAGGUUGUUUCGUACAGCGAGUACCGCACCCAGCUGUCGGCGUACCUCGAGGCCAGGAUGCGUGCCAUCGCGCCGAGUCUGACUGAGCUUGUUGGCUACCUUGUCGGCGCCCGCCUCAUCGCCCACGCCGGCUCCUUGAUGAACCUUGCCAAGAACCCUGGUUCUACCAUCCAGAUCCUCGGUGCGGAGAAGGCGCUAUUCCGCGCCCUCAAGACCAAGCACGCCACGCCCAAGUACGGUCUCAUCUACCACGCCUCACUGGUCGGUCAGGCAACUGGCAAGAACAAGGGCAAGAUCGCUCGUCAGCUCGCUGCCAAAGCCGCCCUGGGAGUGCGUGCCGAUGCUCUGACCGAGUACAAGGACGGUGAGGAGGCCGAUGAGGAGGCUCGCGCUGUCUUCGGAGCCGCGCAGAGGGCCAAGAUCGAGAACAACCUCAGGAGGCUUGAGGGCAAGCCCAUCCUGGCCAAGGGUAUCGCCGUCGGCCCUAACGGAAACGCCGCGCCCGCCCCGACCAAAUGGGACGUCAAGGAGGCCAGGAAAUACAACGCCGACGCCGACGGCCUUGCUGGCAACGAGUUGGCAGAGGCCGAAACCCCUGCCAAGGAGUCGAAGAAGGAUAAAAAGAAGGAGAAGAAGGAGAAGAAGAAGCCCAAGAAGGAGGCGACCCCCGAAGACGAUGGCAUGGAGAACGGCGCAGACGAGGAGGUGGACGAUGCGCCCGCCAAGGCCGCUGAUGCCACUUCCAGCAAGCCGGGCAAAGCCAGCUCUCCUAGCGAAGCAGACUUUGAGCGCCUCGCCGAGCAGGCCGGCAUAUCCGUUUCCAAGUUCAAGAGGAAGUACGAGCGCGGAGAGGUGGAGCUUGACGCAAGCGGCGCGCCUGUCGUGCACAGCAAGAAGGAGCUCAAGAAGAUGCGCAAGUCGCUUGAUGCUGUCUCGAUCAACGGUGGCGAGAAGAGGAAGCGCGACGACGACGAGGAGAAGCCCAAGAAGAAGAAGAAGAAGCAGACCAGCUCAUGA